AUGAUCAUUUCGAAGGAGAACCGCCGCACCAUUUACAUGGCCCUGUUCCAGGAGGGUGUGCUCGUCGCCCCCAAGAACUUUGAGAUCAAGCACCCUAACCUGGACGUGCCUAACCUCGAGGUCGUGAAGGCCAUGCAGUCGCUGACGUCGAAGGGCUUCGUGCACACGCAGUUCAGCUGGCAGUGGUACUACUACGUGCUCACCGACGAGGGUCUCGAGUACCUCCGUGAGUACCUGCACCUCCCCUCGGAGAUUGUGCCCAACACGCACAAGCGCCCGGCCCGUCCCCAGCGUGCCGUGGUCGGUGACCGCGACGGCUUCCGCGGCGGCCGCGCCGGUGGCGACCGCGAGUACCGCCGCCGUGGCGACUUUGAGAAGAAGGACGAUGCGCCCAGUGGUGGCUUCCAGCCCCGCUUCGGCCGCCGCGAUGCGGCUCUCCUGGACCUGUGUGGUGUAGAGGCGGCCUAG